CUCCACGGUCACCCUGCGGCCUGGCGAGUUGUGUGCGGCGGAUUUUUUUGCGUAACGUUUGGAAUUUUAAUUUCUGUGAAGGCUCGUCUUGAAACGCUGUGACAUGGUGCUGACGAAGGAAUAUCGUGUGUGCAUGCCGCUAACCGUGGAGGAGUACAAAAUUGGCCAGCUGUAUAUGAUAGCACGCCAUAGUCUGGAACAGUCCGAGGAGGGCGAAGGCGUUGAGGUGGUGGAGAACAAACCCUGUAAAGAUGAUGUCCACGGCAAGGGCCAGUACACAGAGAAACACAUCCACUUGUCCAGUCGACUGCCUUACUGGGUGCAAGCCAUCUGCCCGCGCGUUUUCUAUGUGAUAGAGAAAUCCUGGAACUACUAUCCCUACACACUAACAGAGUAUACGUGCUCCUUUAUACCCAAGUUGAAUGUCCUGAUCAAGACCAAAUAUGAGGACAACAAUGGCACCACAGAUAAUUGUCUGGAUCUUAGCGAGGAGGAGCUGAAGCUGCGCUCUGUGGAUCACCUGGACAUUGCUUUUGAUGAGUUCAGCCCCAAGCACUACAAGCCUGAGGAAGAUCCCAAGUUCUUUAAAUCCAUAAAAACAAAUCGCGGUCCACUGGUUGAGGGUUGGCGGGAAACGGACAAGCCCAUCAUGUGCUCCUACAAGGUAGUCCAUGCCAGCUUUGAGGUCUGGGGCCUGCAGACCAAGGUUGAGGACUUUAUACAGCGCGGCAUACGCGACAUACUGCUGCUGGGCCAUCGCCAGGCCUUUGCCUGGCUGGACGAAUGGCACGGCAUGACACUGGAGGAUGUGCGUGACUACGAGCGCCAGAAGCAGGCAGAGACCAACGAGAAGGUGCAGGCAGCUGGCGAUGGCCCAACACCCAAUGCUACUGGCAGCAAUGGGCGUAACACACCCACUCAGGAUAGUAAUUAGGUGAAUGUCCAGAUAUUUCAGCUUUAGUCAAUGUUAUACCAAAAUUUUAGUGUAGACAAAAGGCAGGAGGAGGAGGCAUAAGUGUACCUGCACAAAAGAGACAACUGUUGAACAUAUGUACCUACAAACAUAUGCAAAUACAUAUGUAGAUAUAU